UGUGUUCUCAACGUUAUAAAAAUACAUUUUGAAGAAGGCGCGCCAAGUUGUCAGUUUGAGCCGGUCUCGUUUUAAGACCAGUAUAGUUUGUGUUGUUAUCAUUUUGUUGUGUUACCUGAGACAUAUAACACCUUAAAAUGGCUGAUCAACUAACGGAGGAACAGAUCUCGGAGUUCAAAGAAGCUUUCAGUUUAUUUGACAAGGAUGGUGAUGGAACCAUUACAACCAAGGAAUUGGGAACGGUUAUGAGAUCUCUUGGACAAAAUCCAACAGAAGCAGAACUACAAGACAUGAUUAACGAAGUUGAUGCUGACGGUAAUGGAACGAUCGACUUUCCUGAAUUUUUAACCAUGAUGGCAAGAAAAAUGAAAGACACGGACACUGAUCAACUAACGGAGGAACAGAUCUCAGAGUUCAAAGAAGCUUUCAGUUUAUUUGACAAGGAUGGUGAUGGAACCAUUACAACCAAGGAAUUGGGAACGGUUAUGAGAUCUCUUGGACAAAAUCCAACAGAAGCAGAACUACAAGACAUGAUUAAUGAAGUUGAUGCUGACGGUAAUGGAACGAUCGACUUUCCUGAAUUUUUAACCAUGAUGGCAAGAAAAAUGAAAGACACGGACAGUGAAGAAGAAAUUCGUGAAGCUUUUCGUGUUUUUGAUAAAGACGGUAAUGGAUUUAUCAGUGCUGCUGAAUUACGACAUGUUAUGACAAAUCUUGGUGAAAAAUUAACAGAUGAGGAAGUAGAUGAAAUGAUUAGGGAGGCUGAUAUUGAUGGUGAUGGACAAGUCAAUUAUGAAGAAUUUGUGAAAAUGAUGACAAGUAAAUAAGUGAAAAGUUGUGACUAUCAGCCUUUUUAGAUUAUUAUUGACAUAUCAGCAAUGUUGACUUUUACAAUGUUAUACCUUUUUGGGCGAACUUUAUUGAAGUAUUUAUAAUGUAGAUCAGUAGAUCUAUAUAGAUAUUUAUAUUGUUUUCAUGGAUGACGUAGUUGAAGUUACAGCGUCUAUGUGUUGGUUUUGAAUUAACAGUAACAAAGAAACGAACCCUUGGUUACUCCAAGCUUAUUUCAGGAAUAUAUAUAUAUAUAUAUAUAUAUUUUAUUCGGGAUAUUUAUUGAAACAAUCCAAGGGGGAGUGGUGUCAAUUUUAUAGCAAAAAGGUUAAUUGUUUAGCAAUGUUUAUAUUUAUUAUUUUUUGGAAUCUCAGUUUCAACAUUCCUUUGGCAAUAGAUUCAGUUUCACUGUAUAUCCCUUUGAGACAUUCAAUUUCAGUGAAAAUAUUAAAAGAUACAAAUAAGCUAUAA